CCGGCCUCGCGCACGGACACGCGCACGCGCACGGACACGCGCGCGCGCCUUUCAUCAAAGUCGCAGCGAGAGCCGCCACCACCACCGCGGAAGGAAAGCCGAGCCGCGCGGAACAACACCAACAACACCAACAACAACACCACCACCAACAACACGAUUGAGUCGUCCCCGGGUUGACGAGAGGCGCCCGGAGCCUCCACCCAGGGCCUCAUGGCUGAGCAUGGCGCGCAUCUCGCCUCGGCCGCCACGGCCCUGGACGGGGCCCCCUCCGUGUUCGAGGCCCUCGCCCAGGACGGGCUCGUGUCGGCAGUGAGGCCCGCGCUGGGGCACGCGUGCAAGGUGCUGGCCGAGUCCCGCCCGGCGCUCUUCGGUCAAGCGUGGCGCCGCUUCGACGAGCUCUAUCUGCUGCUGGACUUCCUGCUGCAGCGCCACAGCCUGCUGCGCAACUCCGCCUCCUUCUCGGAGAACUUCUACGACCUCAAGCGAGUCCCCGAGCGCCCGGGGGCGCCGGCCGGCUCGCGCCUGCCGCGCCGCGAGUUCUUCCUGUCGCUGGCGCUGCUGGUGGCAGCGCCGUACCUGCGGCUGAAGGUGGAGCGGCUGGUGGCGAGGAUCCGAGAGGAGAUGGACUGCGGCAUUCACCUGCCGGACUCGCGCAGCGUCAAGCUGUACCGCGCCUUCCUGGCCGCCUUCCCGUUUGUGCACAUGACCUGGGAGGGCGUGUGCCUCUGGCACCAGCUGAGCUACGCGCUGGGGCGCGGCCGCCACCACUCGCCGCUGCUUCGCUUCGCGGGCGUGCGUCUCGUCUGCCGCUCACCCCUCGACGGCGCCGGCCACGAGGACGGACCGCUGGCGCUGCCGCGACAUCACGGCGGUGUGCUCGGGGCGCUGGGGUCGCUGGCGUCGCACGCCGCCGUCAACAUCUCGGCCGCAUUCUCCGUCGCCGUCUUCUUCCUGCAGUUCCUCGAGAGUUUCUACGCGCUCCGCGACGUGGGGUCGAGUCUCCUAGGCGGCGGCGGCGGUGGUGGCGGCGGCGGUGGUGCGUCGUCGCUGCUGCUGCCCGACCUGCCGACGCCACCGCCGCCCAUUCACCUGCACGCAGAUGCGGAGCUGGGGGAUGGGCCGGCCGUGCCACCCGGCGUGUGCCCCCUUUGCCGACGGCGCCGCACCAACGACACGGCGCUGGCGACGUCAGGUGUGGUGCUGUGCUACCCGUGCGCGUACGGCUACGUGCGCGAGCACGGCCGCUGCCCCGUCACGGGCUACCCGACCAGGGCGCAGCACCUCGUGCGCCUCUACCCGCCCGAGCAGUGAGCACCGGGAGCCCAUUUCAUCCGACCCUGACCCGACCUGACCUCGGUUCACUACGGAGCGGAUGCCGAGAGGAAGCAGAAGGAGCAGAGGAGGGCGGCCGAGGAGCAACGUCGUGGCGAGGUGUUUCGGAGGCCACCGCUGGCCACGAAACCAAGGGAGUGAGUUCAGAAUCAGAAUCUUUGUUUAGACUGGAGGAAUCCGAUGAGCCACUAAGUUCUCUUUCACAGACGUCCGGGAGAGUGAACGUAAAUAGGGAGUGCAUGUAAGAAAAUAAAUGGGGGUAACUUCCCACUGGGAUGGGCCGGCCAUGACAGGUAACUUCCCCCACUGGUGAGUUACCUAUCAGCUCCAGCUCCCCCGGCAGCAGUCAGCUGGCGCUCCUGCCCUACCCCUGAUACUGUCCGUGCGACCUGACUUUACGUCACCCAACAUUGAAUCAACCUUGUCCUGGCGCAAACCGGCAUCCACCACAAGGCCGAGGGUUGGCAGCGCAUGGAUGGCCGAGUGUUCUGCAUAUUUUGUUGUGGGUCCGAUCACAGUGCAAUUCCAUACCUGUCAACCCACACGAUUUAUCCGUAUUCUUGUACAGGGAAAUUGAGUUUUCAGGUCCAUACGGCGGCGUACAGACGUUUCAAUACGGGCAACAAAAACAUUAUUUUGUCGAUUUGUGUUUCUCCCUCUUGUGAUGGCACUUUGAAGAAUGAACGUUGAGAUUUAUAAGGCCACGCGGUGACCGAUAAAGUCUGAAUUUGUCUGUAAUAAGGUUGGCGCUGAUAAGGGGUUGACAGGUAUGCAAUUCCGAUAGCUGCGCAGUAAUCAUGGUCAUCAUCGCCAUCAUUCCUUUACAGUCGAUUUAUUGAGCUAUCCCCCCAUCAUUCUGUUUAUAUCUCAAGAUCGAAAUGAAAAAAAGAGCAAUGCAAUUUUUUUUUUUCAAACUACAAGUUUGUGGUUUUUUUGAGAGGGCGUGAUCCGACCUGGAGAGCGAACAGUUGUGGAAACUCUAUGACGGGAGGUCACUCAGUUCUUCCCUCCAGGCGGUACUCACUUCAACAACCCUAGAGGGGACGAUGACGAUGAGCCGACGGAGUUUUGAACUCGCGACUUUCCCGUCUGCGAGUUGAUCCCACGGCGCCACCUGCUGUCAAGUGCAGUCAUUCGCCGGCUUGGAGCCACGUGGUGAAGGCGGGGAGGUUAAAGGUCCCACACACUCGGCCACUCCGCUGUCGUCCCGCCGACCGCCUUAAUUCUAGAUUUGAAGCUU